GGCGGAGGGUGGGGUGGUGUGCUGCGAGUCCGGCGAGGGGGAAAAUGAACGGGACGCGGAAUUGGUGUACCCUGGUGGACGUGCACCCGGAGGACCAGGCCGCGGCGGGCAAGAAGACCUAUGCCAUGGUGUCCAGUCGCUCAACCGGUCAUUCUCUGGCCUCAGAACUGGUGGAGUCCAAUGAUGGACAUGAGGAGAUCAUUAAGGUGUACUUGAAGGGGAGGUCUGGAGAGAAGAUGAUCCAUGAGAAGAAUAUCAGCCAGCUGAAGAGUGAGGUUCAGUACAUCCAGGAGGUGAUUCUAGAAAAGCCAAAUGGGUUUAGUCAGAGUCCCACAGCCGUGUACAGCAGCCCACUUGAGGUGGACACCUAUACAAAUGAUGUUGAGAACUUGAGGAAGACCGCAAAGGACUUGCUUGCCAAGCUGCAGGAAACUGAGCGUCAACACCAGUCAGACCGUGUGGCUUUCGAGGUCACACUCAGCCAGUACCAGAGAAAAGCAGAGCAGAGCCAUGCUGCCCUUCAGAGGGAGGAGGGCAGAGUGGAGCAGAAAGAGGCGGAAGUCCAGGAGCUGCAGAGGUGCCUAUCAGGCAUGGAGACGGAGCGUCAGGUCUUACUGGCAAAAGUCCGGGAAGGGGAGGUGGCCCUAGAGGAACUUCAGAGCAAGACUGCUGACUGCCAAGCAGAACGAGAAAAGGCUGCUACCCUGGAAAAGGAAGUGACUGGGUUGCGAGAGAAGAUCCAUCACCUGGACGACAUGCUUAAGAGCCAGCAGCGGAAAGUACGACAGAUGAUAGAGCAGCUCCAGAAUUCAAAAGCUGUGAUCCAGUCAAAGGACUCCACCAUCCAGGAGCUCAAGGAGAAGGUCGCCUACCUGGAGGCAGAGAAUUUAGAGAUGCAUGAUCGGAUGGAGCACCUGAUAGAAAAACAAAUCAGUCACAGCAACUUGAUAGAAAAACAAGUCAGCCAUGGCAACUUCAGCACCCAGGCUCGGGCCAAGACAGAGAGCCCAGGCAGUGUCAGGAUAUCCAAGCCGCCUCCCAGCCCAAAGCCCAUGCCUCUCAUCCGAGUGGUGGAAACAUGAGCCACCAGGACAUGGGCACUGCUGUCUCCUGCCUGCCAGAAGCCCACCACCCCGUUGGCUGUUGGCACUCACUUUGACUUCCCGGCGGGUCCCCAGCUGCACCCAGGGUUUGGGCUUGUGUGUCGCACAUUCUCAAGCUCCUAUCCUCAGUAUGCCGGGCAGACAGCAUGAGCGCCUUCUCUGGACGCUGCAGCCCUUGGGAAGAUGUGACCCUGCCAGCAGGCGGUAUCCUUAUUCCUGUAGUUACUGUUUCUCUGCAGUCUCCCUUCCUGCCCAAGAAGCCAGGCCUUCAUCUGGUCAGGAGAGGUGACAAGAUUUGCUUCAGCCCUCAAACGAUGGUAGAGGCAUGGCUGUCCAGAGUGAUUGGAGAAUGUCCUGGGGAAUGAAGUUCUGCAAGCACAGCUUGGUUCUUAGCAACAAACUGUUAGUUUUUCUACUUGCUCCACCUCCAGCCCAUGCUGGGCCUCCUGCAGAUAGACAGUGGGACUAACGGGCAAGGCCUGGUCAGAGUCAGUGAACUUGAACUUUGACUACAUGGUCUUGUCUUCUUAGGGAAGAAAGAAUGUAACUUCAGGGAGUAGUUUUUUGCAGAAAGAUUCUCUAGGGCCAUGGACAGUUACGUGUGACUUCUCUGCUGUGAAAACUCCCAGACUAUCCUAGGGUUUUCCCCUGAGGUGUGCCAUGAGGUAUGCCUCAGUCUUCUUGACCCAUAGCCUAGAAACUGUCUUCACUGGGUUAUAUCAGUCCCAGCAAAGUCUUUAUUGUAUUUAUUUUGCUAAGUUAUUGGUAUUUUUGCUUACAUCUCAUAAUUGACUUAAUACCAAAGUUCUACAGCCUUCUCUUGCAGUGUUUAGAUUUGCUUGAAAUUGGACAGGAGUUCCCAUUGGACUUUUUGAUCUCCAAAUGACAUUGUUAUUUUUCUCCCCUCCCUCCCUCACUCCUUCCAUUCUU